CGGGCCGCCAACAGAACAAAUCUAUGGUAUAGUGUAUUGACUUUACGCCGACCAUGAAAACAGUAAACAUAACAAUAGCGAAAAUUGCUGAGUGAGCGCUUCUGAUAUGACCUAUAUUCAUGAGAGUUAUUUAAUUUUCGAAAUUUUAUACAUUAAAAGCUGACAAUCCAAGUGGGCUAAUCCGUAGCCGUGGUGUUUUUGGGUUGUCUCCUGUUACAAUAGAAAAGUAAUUAUUUCUGUGCAUAAAGUCUCUCAAUUUACAAGAUAGUUUUUUUAAAAACAGAUCACCGAUUUUUUGUCACUACUAUACCAACAGAACCACUCGUUUCUCUUGUUGGUUUAAGCCCAAGUGUGUAACAUAACGAAGGUAUGACCAAAUGUCUAAAGGUAGCAUUGUGGUUCAUUCGAGUCUGUUGACAAUUCUACGCCUAAUUAUGACAGGUGGAAAUAAUUUUUCACUAAAUUUUUAAGUGACACCUUUUUUUACGUAUAUUGCUUUUAUUUUAUUGACGUAAACUGGAAUUAUAUUCAGUUUUAAUAACUUUAUUGGCUGCUAUUACCUAUUAGUCUGUACAAUCACUAACAACAGGUCUCCUAGUUGAAAUGUUUUUUGUAUCACCUGUUUGUCUUCGUCGACAUGAUUAAUAACACAAAUACAACUUUAAAUUAUAAUUUCUUAAAGUUAAAUUUAGGAAGGGUGUUCGAUAUUGUUUCUUCCAUACACAUUUCCUGAUAUACAAGGAAGAAGGACCUCAGCUGUUUGUUGGCCCAUAAACUUCCCACUUUAUAUUGUAUAUAUAUAUAUUUAUAUAUAUAUUUAUAUAUAUACAAGGAAGAAAAACUUCCAAGUUCGCCAAAUUACUGCAAUACGAUUUAUUUACAUCUUAAAAAUUCAAUGUUUCGUAAAAAGAAAUACUGUUUAUUAUUAUUACUGACGAUAUUUGUUCUUUUGUACAUAAUUGUGACAACGGAUUUGUAUGAAUUACUUAUGGUGCCAAGAAUAUCGUCAGCAUCAGUUGAGAUUCUGUGCUAUGACGAGCCAACAGACUUGAACAACAGUGCCCUAUUGCUUUUGGACGAACGUCUUGUAGCCAAAAACAAUUCAAUUUUUUUUGUCGAGACUUCAUGCAACAACGGUAAUCUUUUGCUCAACCCAAGGCAGGCGUGUGCGUUGGAAUCCGCUGCCAAAUUGAACCCAGGACAUAUGGUUUAUUUAUUAGUCGCCUCACCAAUUAAAAAUAAUUUUUUCCAAGAGCACAUAAACCGUCUCAGUGUUUACAAAAAUAUAAAACUGAGACAUGUAGAUAUGAACACAUAUUUUGAUAAUACACCACUUAAAAAGUUCUAUAGAAAAAAGACUCUUAAGUCAAGUUUAUGGCCCCAGUCGCAUGCCAGUGACAUUUUGCGCUAUGCAACAUUAUGGAAAUUCGGAGGGAUUUAUUUGGACCUUGAUGUUGUUUUACUUAAACCUUUCAACAAUUUGAUCAACUUUGCUGGAGCGGAAAAUGACUAUGAUAUUGCAGCUGGCGUCCUCUCCUUCAGUUAUAAACAUGCUGUAGCUAAUAUGUCAAUUGAAGAUGUUAAAUAUAAUUUCAAAGGGUGGUUAUGGGGAAAUAAUGGCCCAGGUGUAAUUACCAGAUCUCUCCAGAAAUACUGUCAGGUUAAUGAGGUCUCUAAAAUGACAGUUGAACAAUGUAAUGGCUUCAGGAUUUUUCCACCUUCAGCCUUUUAUCCAAUACCUUGGAGGAAAUGGAAGGACUAUUUUACCAAAAAUGAAAGUGAAAUUGAACGAGUAAUGACUACAUUAAAUGACAGUAUAGCCAUCCAUGUUUGGAACUUCCACAGUAAGGCAUUGAAUAUCACUGUCGGGUCUAAACAACCUUAUGCUAUUCUUGCUUCUCGGUUCUGCCCCGAAGUUUACUCAUCUCUUAAUGAUAUUUUUUAACUACUAAACUACCAUUGUACAAUUAUUUUAUACAAAUGCCAACUUGUUAAAAACAGUGAAGAACUGGUAGUUUGAUCAUUCUGGUUGUCUAUUCUUUGGCUGUCAGUUAUGUUUCAAUUCAUGUAAGACAAAACCAAGCAAGAAUGUGCGGAUAAUACUGAUCAGAGAAUUAUCAAGCUAAAAAUUCUCACUAGUUGAUUUAUAUUUUUUAAUUAUUUUUUUUAUUUAUUUGUUUUUUGUAAUGUAUGAUCAAUGCAUUAAUAAGGUAAUAAAAGAAAAUAGGAUAGGAGGACAUGUAUAAUUUAAAUUAUAUCAUAUUCUUUUGAACAUGUAGAAUUUAUAAUUGACUGUGUAUAUAUGUCCAUAAAUAUGUACGUAUGUAAAUUAAAUUACUUCAACUGCAAUUCCUUUUUUAAAAACUUUAUUUGAAGUUAUAAGUACAAGUUUAACCUAAUUUAACAAUGUACUCUUGUCAAACGUAAGGAAAGGAAUCCACAGUUGAAGUUAUUUAACUGGUGCAGUCGGUAGGACAGCAAAGGAUUUCAAGGGAACAUUGAAGACCAUCUGUUUCUACAGUUAACUUGCCGAUCGAACAACAUAUGCAAUUGGAAAAGGACAUGGUACUGUAAGUCCAGAAAAAUUUAUUAUCUUUCGAUUUUUUAAAAUUUACACAAACAUUUACUUAAAACUUAAGUACAAAAUGUAUGUGUUUGUAAAACUGCGUAAAAUAAUAAAAAUAAUAUUAAUCGUAAUACUAACAAUAAUAUUAAUAAAAAUAAACAUCUAUAUAUAACAAGAAUAUAAUAAUAAUAAUAUUUUUUAAAAACUGUAAAUAAUACAAAAGGAAUAAAAUUUGUAAAAUGGCUUUGAAUAGGAUUCAAGAGCUAAAUUUUUGUUUGAAUAAAAUUCCUACUUUUGAUGGAAAUCCAAAAAACUUGAAUUUCGUUCACAACAGAAAUUCAAGUUGUUUUUGGUACACCGAACCCUGACAACCAAAUAUGAAAAAGCAGUUGCCUUUUUAGGAAUAAAAUCAAAAUUAAUAGGUAAGGCUAGGGAACAGCCAAAAAACCAAACUUUUACUGAAUAGUUUCAAACAGACAUCUAACUUGGAGCAUACAACCAUAUAUAUUACUCCCAAAUAACAAUUUAAAAGUCCUACCGACUGCGCAAGGUAAAUAAUUUCAACUGUGGAUUCCUUUCCUUGCGUUUAACAAGAGAACAUCGUUACAAGGUUAAUAGUACCUCUAACUUCAAAUAAUUAUUUAGCUUGUACAUAUGGUGUAGUAACAUUGACAAUUAGAAAAAUAGAAACCUCAUUUUUAAAUGUAUAUUAUUCAAAUACCAGGAGUUAUAUCAAUAGUCGCAGUUCAUAUUUUGUUAUGCUUAACUAAUUUAGCCGUGAAAAUAUGUUGACCUAAUAUAUUAGUGUAAAAGCCCAAACAUUUUUAUUGUGCACAUUUAAAUGUUAUAUAAUUUCAUAAUAAUAAACUAUUUUAUAUAAAAUA